GCUGCGCGCGACGGGAGGCUGAGCGCGGAGGAAGUGUGGUCUCGCUGGCGCGCCGUCCUGUGAGCCGCCGCCAUCUUGUGCGGAGGCGGAGGAGCGCUGUGCUGCGCUGCGCGGAGGAGCGGCGCCCCGCCCGCCGUGCUGCUGCCGCGGCGCCAUGUCUGCUGAGAGCCCCGAGCCCGCCUCGGCCGAGGAGCAGAAGGAAAUGGAGGAUAAGGUGAUCAGCCCAGAAAAAGCUGAAGAAGCAAAAUUGAAAGCAAGAUACCCUCAUCUGGGCCAGAAGCCAGGAGGCUCAGACUUCUUGAGGAAGAGGCUUCAAAAAGGACAAAAGUACUUUGAUUCUGGUGAUUACAACAUGGCUAAAGCGAAGAUGAAGAAUAAGCAACUGCCUACUGCAGCUCCUGACAAGACAGAAGUCACUGGUGACCAUAUUCCUACUCCACAGGAUCUCCCACAGCGGAAACCAUCUCUUGUUGCUAGCAAGCUGGCUGGCUGACGAGAACGGCUGAACUGCAUGAUAAUUCUCAUUCCUGUUAUUUCUCCUUAAUAGUUAUUUCUCACCCUCACAUCCCCUUUUUCUUUCUUACACUAAGUCGUGAGACUGACAGCUUUGCAGGUAGCGGUAGCAUGUGCUGCUAUUGUAAGGGAGUACUGUUUAGAGUAAAACGUGUAGUGUUUGGACUAGUUAAGAACAAUGCACUGAUUUAAAAAGAAAAAAAAAAGGACAAGUUUGGUUAGAGCAAUGUAUUCUACUUGAAAAUGUACAUAUUGCCCAUUUCCUAGUGUAGGACUGGUUCCAGCAAGUGACAUCGCAAGUUUUACAACUUCAAUGUUUCUGCUUUUGUUAUUUCACCUUAAUUACAGCAUAUUUGUAUUUAAUAUAACCUCCAGUUGUGUUGGGUUUUUCUUCUGUGUUUGGGUUUGUUGUCUAAAAUAGAGGUUUAGACCACAAGUUGCUAGAUGGUAAAGCAUGUAUAAAAACAAACACAGGGCUCUGAUUGAAUUUUGUUUCUGCUCUUGAACUUGAACGGCCUUAAACCUGUUUCAGCUUUAACAAUAGAGUUUUUACUUGGGCAAUAUUUGCCCAUUCUGGUGUAACUCUUGUGAAUCUAGUGCUUAUUGACAACUGCCUGUUGAAGCUGGUAUUCUUUUCAGCUCCGUAGCUUAGGACACACUUUUGUUGAAGAUGUGAAUGAAGUGUGCAUGUGCAUAGACUGUUGAAUUCACUCUUGUGCCAUUUUUGUAAAUACAAUAGUUUUGCACAACCUUUUGCAAAUGUCUAUUAAUUUUACCUUUUAAAAAGCAGAUAAUGUGCCAAUCAAAGCACAAGUGAUUCUGUAUCUUUCCAAGUCUUGGCCUGAAACUAAGAGCCCAGACUGUUGCUACUGAAAGUAAAAAUGACAGACCUGAAAUUUGUGAAACACUUCUACUUACACUUGACUCAGCCUUAUGCUUUUGCAAUUGUACACUUUGUUUGGCAACAAUGUCCAGCAUUCAAAUACAAAUCUGAAAAUUGUACUUAAAGGCAGGUGCCCUUUCUGUUCAGCAGCUCUUUAAGCUUUUAAAGGUGAAAUGCUCAGUAGGGUGACAUGGAAGGUAGUUAGAGAUUUUCCCUUGUGGCAAAUUCCAGAUCUGGUCUUGCUGAGAUUUGAUAUGCAAUUGUCUCUGGGCUAUUUUAGACGUCUGGAAGUGAAAGGCUAUAACUCUGUUUGUUUGUUUGUUUGUUUUCUUGAACUCCUGAAGUAGUAGUGGUAGUAAACUAACUCUUUUCUUUCUGUAAUGCAGCAGCCCCUCAUUGGCUUUGGGAAAUGAAAAGAACUGGAACGUAUUUAAAUAGUGACCUAUUGAGAAAUUAUCAAUUUUUCAUUUUUAGAAGAUAGAAACAAACAUGGUUUGUUUGUAUGAUACAGAUGGUGAGUACUAGAUUGCCAGAUAGGCAGUUGAUGUUAGAUAGCCUGAUGCAGAGUAUGAUUUGUUCAGUGAAAUUGGGUAUAUGAAAGCGUAGUGAUCCGUAAUGUAAUUGGUUCUAAUAAAGGCAAUCAUGGCCAGGUGCUGUUUGGGAGUGUAAGAAACCCUUUAAAAAUAUUGGUGUACGGAAUCCUAUUUUCUUAAAAGAAACAGUUCUGUUAAACAAUUCAAUAAAAACAAAGUACCUGUGCAGGUGUUGUAAGGGAAACCACUCUUGAAGAUGCAUGUUUUCAGAAGGAUGCACUUUGUGUUGAUAUAUUCAGAAAGGUCUCGCAGGAUAAACGACUGCUAGUCAAAAAGAGGACUCCCUGUUUUCUGCAGUGCUUUCUAAUGGUAAAUAUAAGAGAAUGAUCAAGAUGAGAUGAAUAAUCUUAACUUGGACCUGCUUUGAUUAGGAUAUGAGUAAAGUAUAGCAGUAUCUAUAUAAUGUACACUCUUCAGUUUAGAGGAGUCAUUCCAGAGGAUUUUUGAAAUUUCUAACUUGAUUCUUAUCAAGUCUUUGUGGCCCUUUGCUUUUGAUUAGAGAAAGCCCUUUUAUUCCUUAUCUUCUACUAGCAUUGUAAAGAACUUGUGAUUUUUCACAGAACAGGUUGAAGAAAUGGGCUGACUGGGUUUAAGGAAGAAGUUAGGCUGGAAGAAUAACAAGCAAACUGGAUAUAUUGAAACAGAGUGCUUUCUGUAGAUGUUUGUCCUAAUGUGAAAAUCCUUCUUUAUUGUUUUAUGUACAAAUGAAAAUCGAAACUGAACGAUAGGACUGGGCCUGAAGCACUCUUGAACAACUGAAGGUGACUUGCUUUGUAUUGUCUGGUUCCAUUACUCUGUAGUGGAUGCUUUCUUGAUGCUUGGGAAGGUUUAAAAAAACAGCCAUUUAAAUUCAAACAUUCCUCUCACUUAGCUACAGAUCAGCUUGUCCUGCUGGUUGGAUAACACAAGCUCUUUCGCUGCUCACUCAGUGACUUGCAGUUCUCAAGGUUACUACAAAUUCAACUAGAAAUAGGUUAUUUGAAGUACUGUAAUACUAACAAGUUUGACGACUGGUUAAUGAGCCUUUCCAUCUGACUGACCUCAAGCAGCAGGCACAGCUGUUUUGGUUCUAAACACCAUUUGAAACUUAGGAAGUUCAAUAAUCAUGUAACAGUAAAGCAAAUGUGACUGCAGAUUGAUGCUUACAUUCAGCUUGCUCCAGCAAGAUAACUCAGCUAUCCAAAUGUAUGUACAUAAUGUAUUAUAUGAGUUUUACCAUUUGAUAAUGACCUUUUUCGAAGAAAACCUGCCCACGCUGUAGACUGGCAGUCCCUUUCAUAUUUUGCCUUUAAACAUAGACAGUGUUUCGUUAUUAGACUAGUACUCAUCUAGGCUUAUCAUAGCAGAUAGCACCAACAUCUUAUUCGAGAUAGUUAAAAGUGAGUUAAUUCCAACCUCACGGAUACACCCCCAAAUUUGUAGCACCAAAGGCUUCCCUCUCAUUGUACUUUACGUAGUAGGACAGUGUUUGUAUAAAAGGAGUACAUUUUGUUGGACAUAACUACACCCAGUCAAAAUGUUAAGGUGAUAAAAAUGUCAACUGUUCUUUACAAACUUAAACAUUGUAUAGUAUACAGAAUAAAUUGAUCUACUUAGUUUUUAUUGCAAUGUGGAGAGUUGUCUCGUCUUUACUGUGGUUUCCUAAAUGAUCCUGCAUACUUCCCUGUUCUCUAUGGAAAGUUUCUAAACCCUAAAUCUUGCUACUCUGUACCGUGAAAAAUAUGACUGGGUUUUGGUUUCCUAGUAUGUUAGACUACAGAAUUACUUUAAUGUAAUCACAUUUAUAUAUAUUUCAGUGCUUAUUUUUCUAAUAAGGCAAUUAAAGCUUAUUGUUUGAAAACUC